AACGUUAAUAUCCGUAAAGCAGUCUACAGUUCACAUUUAAACCGAAAGCUUGCUAAGUUUGCUCUCGUCGUUUUGGUUUUAAAAUGUGAAUUUUCUUCUUACUCGCAACUACUGUCGUAAUUUUUUUCAAACUUUUAUAUUUUUUUAUAUUAUCUUACAAUAUGAUUACUACUUACAAGUUAGUUUGUUUAUUCGGAUUGGCAUGUACGAUUAUUAUGACGCUUAUACCCUCUGCGAGUUCGAUAAAAUGCUUCGAAUGUAAUAGUAAUAUAGACAAAAACUGUUCCUUGAAAAUUCCACCUGACUAUUUAAUACGAGACUGCGCCCGUAAUCCAGAAGGCAUUGCGUAUGAAAUGUGUCGAAAAAUCACACAAACCAUCGAUUUCGAAGUUAACGGAUUAAAACCAGACCAUCGAGUAAUCCGUAGCUGCGCUUACGAACGUCACCAGGGAGAUGCUAAAUCGAAAGACUGCUAUCAAAGAUCAGGUUUCGGUGGCAGACAGGAAGUCUGUUCCUGCCAAGCGGACUUAUGCAACAACUCUAACAACAUAAAAAUCAAUUUUAGUAUCUUAUUAGCUAGCGCUUCGUUAAUAUUCUUUUUUAGUAAAUUAGUAUCAUAGUAAUAAUCAUUUCGACUAUCGUAACAUGUCACCGUUGUAUACCGGCUUUUAAAUCUACGAGUGUGUUUUUUCGAAUGCAUCAUUAUCGAGCAUUUUUUUUUUUUUGUUUGCCAUCUAGAUAAUAUACUAUAAAAGGGGGCAGUGGCGUGUAGUAAAUUCGUAUCUUCCUAAUAAAAUAAUAUUAAGUAUUAAGCGUUUAAGUUACGAAACUUUUAAAUUUAGCGCUGGAAUACGUAGAUCUACUUACGUAUAAUUUGUACGAUUAUGUUAUAAGUGUAUUUUAUAAAAAAUGUAAUUGUAAUUAUGUUUAAAUGUAGACGUAAUCACUCCGCGAUCAAGUCAUUCAAUAUGUUUAAAUAUUUUUUAGUUUUAUAUAAUAAUAUGUUUUUCUAUUGCGCAUUGUCGUAUACGUAUUUGAAAAGUACUCUGUUGCAUUUUUGAUUUUUUUUUCUCUUUUAUUUUGCAAGUGUUAUGUUUUUAUGUUAAAUUUAAAUACACGAGAAUGGUGAAAUUA